CAAACUCUCGCGAUACUCACUGCCCGACAACCUACCCUUGCCUUAACUAUCGCGAGAGUUUCCCCAGUUUGCUAGCUCUCUUCUAGCAACUACCGGACGCAACCGCAGCUGACUGCACUUUGCAAGCUGGAUUUCAAAGGAGGUCUCCGGCCAUAACCUCUGAUGCUGCCUACUGUCCUCCGCUGUGUUCGGCCCAACUCUACCAGUCUUGCCUUAAGCCGGCCUCUGGCCCACUUCACAUCACACAUGGACCCAGACCAGAGCCGGCCCGUUGAGAGGUGUAUCAGAACCAAACUGACCGACAAACUCCAGCCGGACCACUUAGAGGUCCACAAUGAAAGCCACAUGCACGCCGUGCCCCCCGGCUCUGAAUCCCACUUCCGUGUCCUGGUUGUCAGCUCCCAGUUUGACGGUCUGCCGUUGAUAAAGCGCCACCGUCUGGUUAAUGAGGCUUUGAAGGAGGAGUUGAGUAGCUGCGUUCAUGCACUGGCUAUCCAGGCGAAGACUCCUGAGCAGUGGGGAAGUAACCCCUCGCUGGCUAAGAGUCCGCCGUGCUUGGGAGGAUCGAAGGGUGAUCACACAAUGGAGGAGAAACUGAAGGCCGGUCGGGACUGAAGGGUUGUGGACUAUGAAACUAUUGGACUGAACUGUGAAGAAGACAGGUGAAUGCUGUUGCAGAUUACAAUACAAAAAUGGCUUUCUGUGGUUAUUCUAUCAUAAUAAAAUGCAUUGCAUUGUUAACUUUAA